AUGGAUUAUAACAUUAUCAAAGCGAAAUUUUAUUUGUUAUUUCCAAGCUUAACAAUUUAUAAUCAAUUUAAACAUAGGCAUGCCUUAAAAUUCACUGACGAAUAUAUGAAUGAAAAAAUUCAAUAGUACAUUAGCAAGUUAAAUGAAGAUAAAAUGAUGCAAUAAAAUAAAUGGGAAAUAAGAUAUUAUGGGAACUCAAUAAACAGCCAAAUAAAAGGAUUUCAUUUGGGCAAGGAAUAAUAAUUAAAAUACGGAGGUACCUGA